GUCCCUGUAUGGGAGCAUCGUUUUACCUCUAAUUGUGUGCUGCCAGGGUCCCAAUUCAACAAGUUACUUAAGCACCAUACAGCAAGAUUCUUAAAACCACAGUGAAAUUGCUCAUGUGCUUAAAGUCAGGCAGUUGCUUAACUACUGUGCUGAACUGGGCCCUCACAUCUCUUAUUUUCUGCUGUGAUAAUUCUGUUUUAAUAUUGCCUGUCGCUAAAGUAAAUGUUUAUUAUCUGUCUAGUGCAGUAUUUAUCCCAUAUAUCACAAGUGCACUCCAGUUUUAGCACACACAGACAUUUUGGUGUUGGCUGUUGCUUUGUGUUAUAGAGCUAUACACAAAGUCUACGGUAAGGUUUAGUAUUCAUUGUAAUUUUCACUGUGAUAUUCCUAGAUUUGGAAGGAACUCUAAGAUUAAAGAUGGCUGGGGGGGUAUUUAGGUUCUUUGGUUAAUGUUUGUUUCUUUUGUCUGUUUCUUUUUCUUUCAUUUCUACAUAUUCAUACAGUAUUUCAUGGUUCUAACAAAGCAGCAGUAAAAAAAGCUCUUGAAGCAUGAAAAUUAACUGUUCUUUUCCCUGGUUCAGCCUGAACUAUAUACCAGGCCCUGCUGAAAAUACCACCCAACAGUUUUCUUCUGCAGCUUAUCCAGUUUCUCUUAAGUGCCCUGUACAUAUUGUAUGUUUUAUGAUGAGAUGCAGUUUCUUAAUGUGUAUUACAGAAACACUACUGGUAUUUGCAAAUAUUUAGUAAAAUUGUUUUAUUGAACUCUCAUUUUGGGGGCUUGGGCACAUUAACAAAUUAAUCCAUCUGUAUAGGGCUUUUGCUGUUGGAUAGAAUAAAAAACACCCACAUAAGUACUUAUUUCGUGGUAGGACCCUUCAAAUUAUCCGUGCAGAGCAGGCAGUAAAGUAAGACGCUUGUCUUAGUUGGCUGCAAGAUUUGGGGUCAGAAGUUUGUUCCGUAGCAGCAUUCUUGGUACAAUAAGCAUGGCACAUAUUGGAACAUAAGCAUUUUACUGCACAGGUAAGGAAUGUGCCACGAUGUACUGUACGUAUGCACCCGCCCGCAGACACACAGCGUGUAUUGGAAGAUCUGCAGUCUGUCAUUUUUAUUUGACGAGUCAGCAAAAGCCCUACGCUUGAUUCAGCAAAAGAUAUUUCCGUACCUUCUCUUUAAGUUUGACAAAUUUUAUAUGGUAGGUGUAAAAGAAAACAUAGUGAACUGUACCAUAUUAUUAACCCCUAAAUCAAACUUUUUUUGUCUUGUGUAUCUUGAUUUUUCUGUGUGCUUUGUAGUGAAGCAGCCGACACGAGUCGUUGUUCAUAAAACAGCUUUUGAAAGUUGAGAGCACACCCCUGGAGAACCGACUGUGCUUGCUUACGUUUGGUUCAUGACUUAAAAAUCGAGUACAGGUGAUGAAAUCUUGGCAGUGUUAACAAAAAAGUAGUGUGUAUUGUGCUAUUUUUUUUUUGCUCUAGAUACUUAACCAUUUGUAGAGAAAAAGGAACAGUCAAAUUUUCACGCAUUGAAGUUUCAUUCUGACAAAAAAAAAAUUAAUGAUAAAUAUUAAUAGCCAUCAAGCUUUGUAUUUUAGCAAACAUAAGUACUUUCAACAAACUCAGGUGGUGUAUCAGGGAGACAUUUUCUUGGGUGUAUUUGUGUUAUUUUCUGCUUUAGAGAAAGAAUGCAUUCUAAUGCCAGGCUAUUUCUCUGCAGGAGUCAUUCCUGAUGAGACUAAGGCUUUGUCUCUCUUGGCACCAGCUAAUGCUGUGGCAGGUCUGCUGCCUGGAGGUGGACUCCUGCCGACUCCCAACCCACUCUCUCAGAUUGGUGCUGUUCCUUUAGCUGCUCUCGGAGCUCCUGCUCUCGAUCCUGCCCUUGCUGCUCUCGGGCUUCCUGGAGCAAACUUAAACUCUCAGUCUCUUGCAGCUGAUCAACUACUCAAACUGAUGAGCACAGUGGAUCCAAAGUUGAACCACGUAGCUGCAGGUCUUGUUUCACCAAGUCUGAAAUCAGAUACCUCCAGUAAAGAAAUAGAAGAAGCUAUGAAAAGAGUACGAGAAGCACAGUCAUUAAUUUCUGCUGCUAUAGAGCCAGACAAAAAAGAUGAAAAAAGAAGGCAUUCAAGGUCAAGAUCGCGCUCGAGGAGGAGGAGGACACCUUCUUCAUCUAGACACAGGCGGUCAAGAAGCAGAUCGAGGAGAAGGUCCCAUUCAAAAUCAAGAAGCAGGAGGCGAUCUAAAAGUCCAAGGCGAAGAAGAUCUCAUUCCAGAGAGAGAAGUAGAAGAUCCAGGAGCACAUCCAAAACCAGGGAUAAAAAGAAAGAAGAGAAAGAAAAGAAGCGCUCUAAGACUCCCCCCAAAAGCUACAGCACAACGAGGCGAUCCAGAAGCACAAGCAGGGAAAGACGGCGUAGAAGAAGCAGGAGUGGAACACGGUCACCUAAAAAACCCAGGUCACCUAAGAGGAAAAUGUCGCGGUCCCCAUCUCCCAGAAGGCAUAAAAAGGAAAAAAAGAAGGAUAAAGACAAAGAGAGGAGCAGAGAUGAGAGGGAACGGUCAACCAGCAAGAAAAAAAAAAGCAAAGACAAAGAGAAGGAUCGAGAACGGAAAUCCGAGAGUGAUAAAGACGUGAAACAGGUCACAAGGGAUUAUGAUGAAGAGGAACAGGGAUAUGACAGCGAGAAGGAGAAAAAGGAAGAAAAGAAAAUGGCAGAUUCUUCUUCUCCUAAAGUAAAGGAGUCUGCGGCUGAGAAAGGAAGUGGAGAAUCAGCGAGGGAGUCCAAAGUGAACGGGGAUGAUCACCACGAAGAGGAUAUGGAUAUGAGUGACUGAAGUUUGCCUUUGCAGUGAACACACGGCUGCAGACGUGCAUCAGUGUCAUUCCUGUGUGAUUCUUUUAUGCUGUACUUGUUAAUCCUAAAUCCUAGAUGUAUACAGCUCCAAGCUAUACAUGGUUUGUAAGGCUCCUGAUACUAACUCACAUCAAAAGCUUUCUAGAAAGGUAACCAUCCUUGUUACGGCCGAAAGGGAUUGCGUAGCCAAGCGAUUUUUACUAACUUGGUGAUGCUUCAAGCAAAAGUAAAAAGCUGCAUGCAUCUACAGCAGGCAUGGACUGUUUGUUGUAUGAUCUCCUGUAGUAAAUCAGCUCACUUAUGAUAGUGUUUCUAGACUUUGAUUCAUUGCAGUAAUAGAGCAGUAUAGGGAAUGCACUGACUGCAUGUUGAUUGUGGCAGAAACAUCUUAAUUGUUCUAAAAUCCUACAACAUACAGUGGAUUUACUUAAGGGUCUUAAGUGUGACAAAAAAAAAUUGGCAGUACAUCUGGAAAGAAGCAUUCUGACAUAGGUAGGGUUUGUUUUGUUCUAAGCCAUGUGGCUGAGCUUCUGUUUUUGGGGCUUUUGUUUUGUCUUUGGUUUCUGUUUCCUUGUUUUUUUCCCCGUGGGUUUUGUUUUGGCUUUGACAAAGUUAAAAUGCACUGACCUUUUGGAGGGCUGACUUUCACCUGUCGGCUCCAGUCUUUCAUCUGUUGGUUCACAUCCACCCAGGCAGCAAAGAGUGACGAGCCGUAAUGGCUCUGAGCUUUUGUGCUUCAGGUGUGGGAAGUGAAAAUCCCUGCUUGAUCAGUGCCCGGUGAUUACGAGUCGAGGAUAAUGGCAGUUUUCACAAUCAGGUUGUUCUAUUUGUUCGUGAGCUGAACACGUGGGUAAAAGGUAGUGCAUUUUAAAAUUGACCUUCGUAUGCUUUUAAAAGCAAGUCUACUUGAUAAUGUACUUUUUACUUGAUCUCAAGUUGUAUAAACUAAUUUGUGUUUACUGUCACUGCAGUAGUAACCUUAUGCACACAGUGAUUCCAUGUUAUAUGCAAAGUAGUUAGGCGAGCAGUUUUCUUAGUUACAGAAGUUCAACAGCUUUUACUUUUGUGCAGGUAAAAAGACAAAAGUAGGCUACAGUCUGUGCCAUGUUGAUGUACAGUUUCUUCUGAAAUUGUUUUACAAAACUUUGAUAAUAAAACCCUUAAACUUAUACUCCUGUUCCUAUAAAACUGUACUGGUAUUUAUUUACACUGCUGAGUGUGUGAGACUUUACCUCCUUGUUUUCUUCACUCGUCUAUUUCAAGAGGUCCGUAAGAGCCCCCCCUUUUGCUAUGAUUUGUGUGAGCUGUGAGGGCAGUGACAGCUGCUCUGCCAUGGGGAGCUCUGACUCUCUGGGAGCGGAGGGAACAGGCCUGGAUGGUAGGAGGGGGCAAAUGCUUUUUAAAAGAAACAUGGCUUUGUAAAUCUGUUUUGUAUUUCCAUUGAUCUUUUAUCCUUAGGAUGCUAACGGAAGGCACAGCACCAGGAAGCAGUGAGUGCUCUGUGCGAGCACAGUGAGCUGGGGAAGGAACGCGCUGGGUCCGACCCCCUGCUCUUUAAGCUGUCCUUCUGCCAUAGGAGUGAAUUUGCCAUUUACAGAUGAGGUGUCAUUUUUUAGAAUUUGUAGAAAUGUAAAUUUUUACCAACUGUUUUGAGUAUUUUGUCAAUACAGAGAGGUAUAUGUCAUAAAACCAGUUCUAGCCUUUUAUUUCUGACAGUGGAGAGAACAUGAUAGUUCUUGUAAUAAAAUACGGACACAGCUGAGGUGCAUGAUGUCUUCAUAGAUGUGCCUUUUUAGUUGUCAUCAGGAUAUUUAUAUGUGAAGUAUAAGAACAUGAAACAAUUUAUAGUAAUAAAGUAAACCUCCUUGAUCCUUA